UAGAAAUAUUAAUAAUUAAUUAUUUUGUCUUUUUCGUUUUAUAUUUUUUACUCAAAAUCAAGUUUCUUGGCCUAAACUUUAUCAAAUUUACUCAUUAUGACAUAAGUAUUAAAAAUUCCUGAAAUAUUAUUAAGAGGCUUAAUAAUAUUUGAUGAAAUAUUAUUGCUUUAACGUAAAGAAUAAAUUUAUUAAGAAUAAUCAUAAUCUUUCUUUUUAAUUGAAAAUUUUUCUAUUUCUCCUUUUUCUUUUUCUUCUUGUUAUUUUUUUUUUUAUUUUUAUUAAAAAGCAUUAUUAUUUAAUUUUUUUUAACUCAGAUUUUUAUUUUCUAAAUAUUCAAAAAAUUUAUUACCAUAAUUUUUCUUUUAAUUAUUUUUAUUUUUUUUCUAAUAAAUUUUCUCAAUUAAAAUUUCAUCAAAAUCUUCAUCAUCUUUAUCACUAUUAUCAACAUCGAUAUUUAAAUUUUUUAAUAUUUUUUUAUUUUCUUUCUUUAUUUCUUCUAUAUUUUCUUUAAGUACGAAAUUUUAUUUCUAAAACGCAUCUAUAGGUUUAGCUAUUCCCUAUUCAUUUUUUCCUAAUCCUUUUCCUUAUUUAUAUCCCAUUUUUACUAACAUAUUAUACCCUUUUCCGUAACUAUUUUAUUAUUCAAUUUCUUCUUUGGAAGGAAUAAAUUUCUUUUAUAACUCUUUUUUUUCUAUCUUUUCAUUUUUUUAUAUACCUUUUUUUCCAAAACUAAUUGGUAAAUUAAAAUUUUGUUCGAAUUUUUCUUCUAUUUAAGAAUUUUUUAAUUUGAAAUCGAAAAUUUUUUUUUAUCUUAUUUCUUCGUGUUUAACUACUUCUUUUUAUUCUUAUACAUUAUUUAAUUUUAUUUUUUUCACAAUUAUUUCUUAUACUUACUCGUCUGAUUCUUCUUCUUAAUCAUCUCCGUUUUAUAUUUCCUCACUUUUUUCUUUGUAAUCGAAUUCAUUUAAAUCUUCAUCAUCUUCAUCAUUUAAAUAUUAUAAUGGAUUAAAAUUUUCUCUUGCUUGUUUGGCCAAAACAAAGUUUUCUUUUAAAUUUUCUUCGUCAAAAGUAACUUUCUUUUUCUUUUUUUCUUUUACUUUUACUGUCUAUUUACUUGGAUUAUACAAUAUUUCUCCACCUUUUCUAAACAUAUUUUAUAAUCCAUUUUAUUUGAAGUUAAUUAUAGGUUUUUUCUCUUAUUCGCUUUCUUCCAUAAAAACUCCAUAUAUUUAAUCUUCUUUUGUAAAACGUUUUUUAGCCUUUGUAAAUUAAAUAAAACCAUCUUCAUCUAUAUGUGCUCCUUAAUACUCU